GCUGCAGCGCUUGCAUUGCUCCCAAAGAGCUCAGCGGCAGAUCGAGCAACCAGCGCGCCCUCUCGACCCUCCCCAUGGCCAAGAUCCAGCCUCUGCCUGCAGUCUCGUCGCCGGCGCCGGCCUCCAACGCGGACGAGCCGUCGCAGGUGUACACGGUGUGGAUGAAGUCGCUGGUGUUCAACGGCAACGGCUGCACGGUGUAUGGCGCGGACGGCGGCGUGGCGUUCCGCGUCGACAACUACGGCUGCAGGGGCGGGCGCGAGGCCUUCCUCAUGGACCGCGCCGGCAGGACGCUCGUCGGGAUCCAGAGGAGGAGCUGCUUCGGGAUGUUCAGGAGAUGGGAGGCCUACCGGUACUCCGAAUCCGAGUCCGACGGCCGCGAGGAGACGAGGACGCCGUGGUUCGCGGUGCGCAAGGCGCGGCGGGGCGGUAGAGCUGCCGUGACGGUGCAUGGCAGCGGCGGGAGGAGCGGGGCGUACGCGAUCGUCGGCGGGUACUCGCGCAAGCCGGACUACAGAAUCAUCGGCAGCACUGACGGUGCUGCCGUGGCGGCGAUCGCCAGGAAGCAGACGCCGGCCGGGGUGGUUCUGGGAGACGACGUCCUGAUGCUGACGGUGGCGCCGGGGACGGACCGUCUCCUCGUGUUGGGCUUGGUCGUCAUCUGUGGCCUCAUGACCCGUCGCUUGUGAUGGCCGAUGGCGAUGACUUCAGCACGGCCAAGCAUGUGAUUUCUUCAUGCGUUUUUUUCCCACUUUUUGGUGGAUGUAUUUUUUCUGGAUUCUACGGACGUACAACUGUAUGCUGGCCAUAUAUAUUAUCUAUGAAACAGACUUCUUCUUUUUUUUUCAA